CAAUGAUUUCAAACCCACGAAAUCAAACAAUCGGAUACCAUCCCGAAUUUCCAAUCCCAAACUUCCGGCUUUGGUGUGGAUAAAAAUUGACUACCGCUGCCAAUUAACGAAAAACCUCAAAAGGACCCCACCCAAUAGAAUAAUCACAAAUCUAAUGCUUCAGUAGCGUCCACGUGUCCAAUAUAAAAAAGUGGGAUCCACUAUUCUUCAGACUACGUCAUCCCUUACAACAUAAAAGGCUUAUCCCCUUAAAUACCUAUAUUUUCUCAUCCAACAGUAAUCUAGACCAACAAGUGUCAGUGAGUAAAACCAUGAAACCCAGAGCACUUUUCAGUUUCUUACUCCAUUUCUUCUUCGCCUUUCUAUGUACGGCGGCGGACCUUGAAGCCCUGAAAGGAAACAGCAUAGUUUUUACUUCUUAUGGCCGAUCAAAUUAUGCUUGGGACAUCUUUACCCUCUCAACUUUGGAACCGCCAAACCCUUCAAAUGAACUACAGAUUACCGACGGUGAAUCCGUCAAUUUCAACGGUCACUUUCCGUCGUCUACGUCGUCCUCCAUCCUCUUGCAUCUACACGAUCGAAACCUCUUUCAACACCCUGGUCUACAAGCGCCGCCGCCGCUCCAGCUCAUCUACGUAACGGAACGCAACGGGAUGUCAAAUAUUUACUACGACGCGCUUUAUUAUGGUGAGCACCGAAACACCAGAUCAAGAUCGGCCCUUGAAAUUCCCGUCCGAGUUCAGGCCCCUUUGUUGGGUUUAGAAGAAAGCAAGAAUCGGAUUUCGAUGAAAGACAGGCCGAGUUUGAGUGGGGAGCAUUUGAUUUACGUGUCUACUCAUGAGGACCCUGGUGAGCCAAGAGCGAGUUGGGCUGCUGUGUACUUGACUCAAUUGGGAACUGGAUUGACUCGACGACUUACUCCUUAUGGAAUCGCCGAUUUUAGCCCCGCCGUGUCUCCAUCUGGGGUUUGGACAGCUGUGGCUUCGUAUGGGAGUAAAGGUUGGGAAGGGGAAGUGCGAGAACUGAGUACUGAUAUCUAUGUUUUUUUGACUCGUGAUGGGACUCACCGAGUCAAAGUUGUUGAUCAUGGUGGGUGGCCGUGUUGGGUUGAUGACUCGACUCUGUAUUUCCAUAGAAGAAGUGAAGACCAAUGGAUAAGUGUUUAUAGAGCUACUUUCCCAAAAGAUAAACCGGUUUCUACCGAUUCAGUGACGAUUCAGCGAGUCACACCACCGGGUCUCCACGCGUUCACCCCGGCUACUUCCCCAGGUAACCAUAAGUUCAUAGCAGUCGCUACAAGAAGACCGAAUUCCAAUUUUCGCCAUAUAGAGCUGUUCGACCUUGUUAAAAAAGAGUUUGUUGAGCUAACUCGGCAUGUUUCUCCUACAACACACCACUUAAACCCGUUUAUAUCCCCUGACUCAGCCCGAGUUGGGUACCAUAAGUGUAGGGGAGAAAGUAAUGGAGGGAAAACUCCCCAAUUAUUGCUUGAAAAUGUUCAAAGCCCAGUGCCAAAUCUCUCUCUUUUCAGAGUCGACGGUUCAUUCCCUUCUUUCUCACCCGCGGGUGACCGGAUAGCCUACGUGGAUUUCCCCGGCGUUUAUGUAGUGAACCGGGAUGGUUCGAACCUGCGUCAGGUUUUCCCCAUGAAUGCUUUUGCAACCGCUUGGGACCCGGUUCGGAAAGGAAUUGUAUACACAAGUGCUGGGCCGCAGUUUUCAAGUGAGAGUACCGAGGUUGAUAUUGUAUCCAUCAACGUUGAUGAUGCUGACCAAUCAAAUUUUAAAAGGUUGACCAUCGAUGGUAAAAAUAAUGCAUUUCCCUCACCUUCACCCGAUGGGAAAUGGAUCGUGUUCAGAUCGGGUCGGACGGGUCACAAGAAUUUGUAUAUAAUGGAUGCGAUCAACGGGGAGUCGGGCGGGCUCCAAAGAUUAACGGAUGGUCCGUGGACGGACACAAUGUGUAAUUGGUCACCGGAUGGUGAUUGGAUCGCAUUUGCUUCGGAUCGGGACAACCCGGGUUCGGGGAGUUUCGAGUUGUAUUUGAUCCACCCGAAUGGUACUGGUUUAAGGAGGUUGGUUAAGAGCGGAUCAGCCGGGAGGGCCAACCAUCCGUCAUUUAGACCGGAUGGGAAGUUGAUAGUGUUUACUACGGAUUAUGCGGGAAUAUCAGCUGAGCCAAUCUCAACCCCACAUCAAUAUCAACCAUAUGGUGAGAUAUUCACAAUUAAAUUGGACGGUUCGGAUAUGAAGAGGCUGACCCACAAUUCUUAUGAAGAUGGGACCCCUACGUGGGCCCCAUUGUACAUCAAUCCAGUUGAUGUAGAGCGGCCGAAGAAGCCCCAAUGUGCAUUUGAGGACUGUCAUUGGCUCAACGAAAUGCCAGACCGUGGCACCAAGGUCGAACCAUUGGGGUUAGCCAAGCCCCAAUGCGGUGCAUGAUUCCAAGCUUUUCUUGCAUAACAUAAGAAUACUUACGUAUGUUGGUGUACUGUAAAUUUGUACGUUGGAAAUAGUUUUGGUGCACCAUCGGAAUAUUUUGUAUUUCCUUGGUGCCUUCCUUUUUUUUUUUUUUUGUACUAUAGUUGAUAAAAAUAAUGAGCAUAUGUCCCUGUAUGUUGUUUUCAUUUUUUUGGGCGUAACAUAUGCAUCUAUACCCAUUAUAUAAAUUUUGGCGAAAAUCAAGUCAAAUAAGCAUAAAUCCAUGUCU